CCAUCUAAUUUCCGCCCAGUGUGCAGACAGAGCAGGUAAACAUCUCACUCCAGCAUGUUUUCUACACUUCACAGUUAGUGUUUCUGUCAGUUUGAGUGCUAGGUGACUCUGUGCUCCAGCAGCAGCCUCUCUCCUUCACCCAGCAUGGAUGAAAACACUUUAAAACAUCUGGUGAAGCUCACCCAGGAGGGACAGCUGAGCUCUCUGGAGAAACAGAUAACAUUAGGCGGCUCCGCGGUGGUGCAGGCGGUCAGCAGCAAACACUUCGGCCGGUCAGGAGACACCCUGCUGCACUACGCAGCCAGACACGGACACCAGGACAUCGUGGAGUAUCUCCUAAAGCUGGACAUGGACGUGGAGGUUUACAACAACGACUACAAGAGGCCGCUGCACGAAGCUGCCUCCAUGAGCCACGAGGACUGUGUUCGCUACCUGCUGCAGGAAGGAGCCAAGGUGGACAGUCUGAAGAAGGCUGACUGGACUCCUCUGAUGAUGGCCUGCACUCGGAGGAACCUCCCUGUGAUCCAGGAGCUGCUGAGGCACGGUGCUGAUCCUGCGCUGAGAAACAAGGACGGCUGGAACUCCUUCCACAUUGCCUGCAGAGAGGGCGAUCCUCUGGUCAUCCAGCACCUCCUUAAUGCUGCGCCGGACAUCUGGAGGACGGAGAGCAAGACACACAGGACGCCGCUGCACACUGCAGCAAUGCACGGCUGUGAGGAGGUUGUUGGGAUCCUGUUGGAGAGAUGUGGCUACGCCCCAGACUGCACCGACAGCUGUGGAGUCACUCCGUUCAUGGAUGCUGUGAGGAACGGACACAUCUCUGUGGCCAGGCUGCUUUUAGAGAAGCACCAGGCAUCUCCGACAGCAGCUGAUGUACUGGGAGCUCAGCCGGUGCACCAGGUCGCUGUCACCGGUCAGGAGGAGGCUCUGCGGUUCCUGGUGCAGGAGCUUAAUGUAGACGUGAAUCAGAGGGUGACUGGCAUCCAGCUCACUGCACUGCACUAUGCUGCCAAGGAAGGACACACGUCUACUAUAAAAACACUGCUGGAGUUGGGAGCAGAUCUUCACGUUCGGGACAAAAAGGGAAGAUCUGCUCUUCACAUGUCCUGCAUCGGGCAGCAUGCAGAAGCAGCCAGGACGCUGCUGCUGCUCGGCCUCAGAGACUCUGAGGACGCGACUGGAACGACAGCACGGCAGCUCGCCAGGAAACCAGACGUAGUGAAGGCAUUGGAAUGUGGCUCUCCAGACACAUCGUAGACAAUACUGUUCUAAAUCCAUAUGCACAUUUGUAAUUGGUUUUAAUAACUAAUUUAAUUACAGAAAAGAGACUAGAACAUUUCACGUGAUGCAAGUUAAUCAGUUCUGGUUGUGUUGAUUAUAAUAAACCUCAGACACUUGUGGUUUGGCAUCUUUUUUUAUUUAGAAGCUGUGUAGUGAGGUAGGGGUGGCACGUGAUUUGACGCACUAAAGACAAGCUCAGCUGCCUUGUCUGAUUGUAUUUUGAUAUCAUCAUAAAGCCUUUAGCCUGCCAGUACAAGCCUGACUCAAAACAAAAAUUAAGCUCUUGUUAUUAGCAAACCUCAGGUGCUUCCAUAGUCCCUUUUGCUGGAUGGUGUGUAUGGCUUUUCAUGAAAGUACUAUUUGUAAAAGAAAGUGUAAGCAUGAGUAUGAAAUAGUUUUUGAGUUUUGUCUUGCCCUUCAGUAAGUUAUUGGGAUUUUUGCUCCAGAAAUGAUAUGCUCUGUACUGCAGUUCUCUUUAGUUUGCUGACAGCCUGUGUGGCCUCUGCAGACUGAUGCAGGACAUGGACGACUAACAAAGAGAAUAGUUUUAUUGUUUGUCACCGGGUUUGCUAAGCAGGUGUGUCAACCAUGAAACUAGUUCACCCUGGCAACACAAAUAGUAAAGGUACGCUGUUACAUCAUUACUCUUCCUGAGAUACGAUGAUGUGUUCCUGCCAAAAUCUAUUUUAAAGUUGCUGUAGUUUUAAUGAAUGGUACUGAAUGCUUAUUUAUUAUGCAGGGAAGGAGUUAAGAGACUGUAGAGAACACUCAGGUGUUUUUCUGUUUUCAGAAACCCACAAGACUUAGUAAUUAACUGUUACUGACUGUUACUGACUGGUUUGUUUUGACUCUAAAGAAAUGCACAGAAUUUUAAACCUACCGAGCUGCAAGAAGCUUACAAUGUAGUGACUGUGAGAACCUAAUAAAAAGGUGCAAUCUUUUAA